UCUAAUUUUAGUUAUUGAUUGAUUGUUCAUCUUCAUUUCGUGUUUGUGUUUGUUUGUUUUUUUUUCUGUUAUUUUCUUUUGUGUAUCUCUGAUAUUUGUGCUCACUAAGAAAAGAAAAAAAAAUGAUGUUCACUAAGGUUGUUUUUGUUUUGGUAACUGUUGCCAAUAUUGCUUAUGGUCAAUUUCUUCCACAAGGUCCAUCAACUGUUCGUUUAAUUCCAAUCAGUUUUGGUGGUGGUGCUCAGGUUGGUUUAUCAGCUGCUCAACCACAAUUUGUGAUUGCCGGUGGUGCUGUUCCAACAGCUAGUGCUGGUUUACAAUUGAUACGACAACCACAAGCUGUUCAAUUGGUUGCCGCUCAACAACCACAAGCUGUUCAAUUUGUUUCCGCUCCACAACCACAAUCAAUUCAAUUUGUUUCACAACCAGCUCCACAAGCAGCACAAAUUCAAUUCUCUGCGCCAGCUCCACAACCAGCAAGAAUUCAAAUCGCUGCACCAGCUCCACAACCUGCAAGAAUUCAAGUUUCUGCACCAGCUCCACAACCAGCCCGAAUUCAAGUCACUGCACCAGCUCCACAGCCAGCAAGAAUUCAAGUCACUGCACCAGCCGCACAACCAGCACGAUUUUCUGCUCCAGCCCCAGCCGUUGAAGAUGAUUACUAUGAACCAGGCACACCAGUUGCUCCCUAUGCAUUUUCAUUCGAUGAAACUGAUGAAUUUGGCAUGAAUUUACAACGAAAUGAAGUUAGCGAAAAUGGUAUUGUUACCGGUCAAUAUUCAUUUACAACACCCGAAGGUUAUACACGUCUUGUUAAAUAUGUAUCCGAUGAAAAAGGUUUCCGUGCUGAAGUUGAAACCAAUGAACCAGGUACAGCAUCAUCAUCACCAGCAGAUGCUGAAUAUCGAUCAUCAUAUGUAGCACAAGCACAACCACCAAAAUAAAUCCUAUACCAAAAAAAAAAAGACAAUUCUAGUUUAAUUUUUUUUAAAUACUUUGUUUCAAAUAAAUACAAAUCC